AUGGAGUUCAAGACGAACAUUUCAACCGAGGUUCAUGUUUUUCACCGUACCGGACAUAUUGACCGUGCAGUGUACUGGACCGUCCCGCAUGCGUCCGGAAAGGAGCUUUGGCUGGAACCAUGGCCGGAUGACCGAUCUGACCGUACUGGAGCUUGCCUUUCCCGUCCAACUUCACAUUUUAAGACAUAUAGUCGAGCUAGAAUCCACUUUGGACGAGCUGGACGAAGUAACACCUACUUGGGCGAGCUAGAAGAGCUGAGUGAGCUAAGUGACACUACUCUGGAGCUGGAUGAGCUAAGUGACACUAGCUUGGAGCUGAAUGAACUAAGUAACACUGAAGAUGGAGCUGGGUUCUUCACAUGGUCCAAUGGAAAUAACGGUAAUCAUCUCGCUAGCGAUCCAUUGAAGAAACAUGGGAAGUCCAAGAAACUUCCAAAGUUUCAGGAAAGUCCUACAUGGAUCCUGCCCAAGGGACUUGAUAUGGGAAGAAGACUCUGUAUCUAUGGAUUAUGUCGCUCCGUUGAGAUGCUUAGUGAUGUCGUUGAAGACACUGUCUUAGAAUAUGGUGGAGAGGUUGUUGCUGCAGAGAAAGAGAGCAAAGGCGGUUUACAAGAGAAGUUAACAAUGACAGUGGCGGUUCCAUAUCUCUGGGGAGUUCCUCCUACUGCAGAGAGGCUUCAUCGUGCGGAUCAAAUAGGCGAAGGGAUUGUGGACAAAGUUUAUCGGCAAUGGGACUUCUUGUUAAAAAUUCACUAA